CUUUUUUAAUUUUCAAUGAGUAAAAUAUAAAAGAGCUUCGAUUUCAUUUCAUCAUAUUUUGUCAAUUUUUGAUUAGGAUUGGAUUAGAACUUCUGAUGAAAUAUUUUAACUGUAUUUGAUCAUAUAAAAAAUUGUUAACUAAAAAUCAAAAGUACACUAAAGCUAAACUCCAAAUACACUAUGUUCCGACCAGUGUGCACGAUCGGCCAAAGAAUCUCAUUUGAGAGGAAAAGUAGAGAAUUUAUCAGGAAUAAAGUGGUUCGUCCCGCUUCGUUCUUGAAUGCUGCUGAAAAAUUAAAACUAUUUAACAAGGAGAAUAAGGAAUUGUUCGGGCCGUUAUUAGAGACAAGCAAACAGAAGAAACAGCGGACACGGAAGACGGCUAAAAAUAGGACAUCACAUCAAAACAACGACACGACUGCUUCAAACGAAAAUAAAUUGAAAUUCUUAGAAAGUACAGAGAGAAAUGGUAGACAGAGUCAGACAUUGUCUGGUUAUGUGAAGUAUAAUCCUGUGCUGGCAGUGAAUGUGUUGAAAACGAAAAUGUGGCAGAAUACUAGGCACUGUGUGAACUUUGUUGGUGUAGUCUUGAAUAAUACUGUGAGAGGUGUAGCUACCUCUGCAUCGUGUAAUGCAACCCGUAGCUCCCCAGCCCAGCCUGGCUAUGCAAGUGAGGACAAAAUCCUUCAAAUAAAACCACACAAGAAUGAUUAUGCUCAGCAGUAUCCUUCUGUGACCCUGAUAUUGAACAAGACUAUGACAGACGAGUCCAGGUCUGCAUUAGAAAAAUGGAAACAAGAACGAAUUGCUGAGAUGGGAUUGGAGGAAUUCACUAAAUUCUAUGCAGCGCAAAUGGCAGUUGGUACGAAAUUCCAUAGUACCUUGAAGAACUACUUCACGCAGCCACAAACUCAGCUUCGCAUUGAAAAGGAGGUCGAAGGUGUUUGGGUGUCAGUAGCUGAUGUUUUGAAACACAUUUCGUCACCAAAAGCGAUAGAAUCAAAUGUCAUACACCCUGUAUUGAAGUACAGGGGGAUUUUUGAUGCAAUUGCGGAUUAUGAGGAGAAGCCAACUCUGAUCGAAUGGAAGAAAUCGGACAGGCCUCGUAAAUCGAUAGCGAAUACUUACGACAACCCUGUCCAACUAGCUGCUUACUAUGGCGCAGUAUGCCACGACUUGAACUACAAACAUUUGAACGUGCGAGACGCCUUAUUAGUCAUAGCAUACACAGAUGGAUCUAAAGCUGAUGUUUAUCACCUCUCUUCGGAUAAACUAAGGGAGCACUGGGCACAAUGGCUCAUCAGAUUAGAGGAAUACACAAAAAAGUUCGGUAAUGACUCUGAGAAACUGUUAAAAGGCGGGAAAAGAUUGUUUGAGGAAGAUAUCGGGAAUCUCCAGUAAGUUACGUGGAGCCAGAUAAGAGACAAGACAAUUGAAAAUGGAUAACAUAAAAUGUUAAGUUUUGGUAAUUACUACACCCGCCUUAUUCACGUGUUGUUUCCUACACAUUAUUAUAAAGGCAUCAGUUAAGAAACCAAGUGCAAAGUGGCUUCAAUUCACGUUACCAUACACUUGGAAGUAUCGGAAAAUACAUUUUUAAGUAUGUAUUUGGUGAGAAGGCUUUGUAUAUAAACUGAUUUCAAACUUUUGAUACCUUUUUAGGAAGUGACCAAUAGGAAAAUUCUGUUCAUAUCAUAAUACAAUAAACAUCGAAAUAUACUAAUGGACAUGCCUUAGAGAUGAGAAUUAUGGCAAUCCGAAAGAAAGAGACGAAACGUAGUUUCGGUCUAUGUUUAUCUCUCUCAAAAUAGUACCGUAGUUAAAACGUUAUGAGCGAGAAAGAGAUAGCGGUAGACCGAAAGCAUAGGCUAUCUCUCUCACUCUUUUCAAACCAAAAAAUUACUGCAGAUUAUACGCGUACGGCAUGUCCAUUAGUUAUAUGUCGAUGACAAUACACAAGUGGCUUUAAAUGGACGAUGUAGGUCUUCUCUGCAAAUAAAUCAACAACUAGCUUGCUAACAAUAAGUCAAUAAUUUGAUUUGCUUUAAUCAAUAUCGAUUGUUCGUUCCUAUAUAGUAACUCCCACCUUUAUUCCUCAAUAAUAAGGUUUCAUUUGCAAAUGAUGUCACUUAGCUAGAAUUUUCAGAACAAAAAGGUAACGAACUUAAAAUAGAGCAAUGUACGGAGAUGUUACAAAUACUUUGGCCCAUUUGAUUUGUUCAUGUGACAUAGUUGGCGAAAUGCCUAUUUCUAUUGAAGCUGUGAAGAAUGAUCGGUCAAGGAUUUAUGACAAGACUUCGAGUGUAAUAUAUUAUUAUUUUGUGGAAUAUUUCAUUAAUAUGUCUAGUAUGGAAAUAUACGAAUUUGUUAAUUGGGAGAUCCAUUCUUAGACACGAAUGGACCGGCUGAACCGGAGAGAUACCACGACAUCCCAAAAAACAACCGCGAAACAACGCAUAGGAUUUGUUUCGCUGUGUGAAUGAGGCCCAACCAGCGUUUGUAACUACUCUAGUAUUACGGCUUGCAAUCAGACUAUCAGAGGCCUUAAUAGUACGAGUUUGUUCUACGUUUGAAGUAUUCGAAACGAGUUCGCGUUUGGCACUCUGAUUGGCCGGCGCCAAUGAACCA